AUGUGGAGGGAUUUUUCACGGCUGUGGUCCUGGGUUUGGGCCGUUCAAGUCAUGGAGCACGAAAGGGAUCCAAUUGGUGCCCUCGUUCCCGUACACAGUUUGACCGCGGAGUAUGCACUCGACAGGCUAAACACCGGGCGAGAACCCUUGCAGCUACAACAGCCCGCGUCAAACCAUGCUGGUUCAACUCCCCAGGAAUUUACAUCCAAUUUACGGGUUAUACUCACUUCUGACGUGAAGAUUUACCAACAAUCAUGGUUGCAAUUAAUGUGCACACGUAGCUCGCUUGUUGCAGACUUCCAGGCAUUGCAAUCUCAAUAUCGCCUCCACAAGCACUCGGAGAAGUCACUUGCCACAGUCAGGCUUUGUAUGAGACAUACUUGCAAUAUUCCGGAAAUGAGCAAACAGCCCAACGAAAUGACGGGGACAUUAUCGUCCUGUGAUGCGGGAGGUUUCAGUUGGGAAGCCCUACACCUGUCAUUCAAGAUAAGGCUCUGGGUUUGA